AUGGGAUCUGCAAGGGUUAACAAAUGUGGUGUGUGCCAAAAAAAUGAUUCAAAAUAUAAAUGCCCCAAAUGUGCUCUAAAUUAUUGUUCGCUGGUGUGUUAUAAGAACGAAAAUGUACAUCGUCAUGACCAACAAGAGGAAGCAAAUAUUAUAAAAAACAACGAGCCUAAAGAAGUACCAAAGAGUGAAAUGAGGGAAGAGAAGACGCUGAAAUCACCUGAGCUUGAUAAGAUAUAUGCAGGCACUCCAGAACUCAAGGAAUUACUGAAGUAUAAUACAGUGAAAUUCCAUUUGCACAAAGUUUACAAAAUUCUAAUAAGUAAUGACGGUAAUUUGACAACUGAAAUGAAGAAUCAAUUAGCUAUUGAUUACCUCAAUACAUUGAGAUUUGGAGGAUUGCAUUAUAAUGAAGCUAUCGAAGAGUUUUGUGAGAUAUUUUUACAAAAAUUGGAAAAGAAGUAG